AUGACCACCGCUCUGUCUCUCUUCCUUUCUGGCCUUCUGUUGGCCCCGGCCGUUAAUGGCCAGGCCUACGACGCUGGCAACCGUGGCGAGGACGCCUUCGAAUAUGUCCAGCCGCUGAACACCACCAUCCUCGGCCCCUACGGCCACUCGGAGGCUGUCUACCCUUCUCCCAACACCACCGGAAACGGCUGGGAGGAGGCUCUGGAGAAGGCCAAGGCUUUUGUCGCCCAGCUCACCAUCGAGGAGAAGGCCGAUAUGGUCACCGGUCAGCCCGGACCUUGCGUCGGUAACAUCGUCGCCAUCCCCCGCCUCGGAUUCAACGGCCUCUGUCUCCAAGAUGGUCCCCUUUCCAUCCGUGUUGCGGACUACGCUAGUGUCUUCUCCGCAGGUGUCUCUGCUGCAGCCACCUGGGAUAGAGACAUCCUCUACGAGAGAGGUUACCUGAUGGGCAAGGAGUUCAAGGGCAAGGGUGCUCACGUCGCUCUGUCCCCCGUCGCCGGACCUCUCGGCCGCUCCGCCUACUCCGGCCGCAACUGGGAGGGUUUCUCUCCCGACCCCUACCUCACUGGUGUCUCCAUGGAGUUGACCAUCACCGGUCACCAGGACGCCGGUGUCCAGGCUACUGCUAAGCACUGGAUCCUGAACGAGCAGGAGAUCCAGCGCAACCCCGUCUUCGACCCCAACGGAACUGCCACCGACAUCACCUCCCAGGCCAUCUCUGCCAACGUCGAUGACCGCACCGUCCACGAGCUCUACAUGUGGCCCUUCGCCAACGCCGUCAAGGCCAAGGCUGCCUCCUUCAUGUGCUCUUACCAGCGCAUCAACGGCUCGUACGGCUGCCAGAACUCCAAGUCUCUCAACGGCCUCCUCAAGACCGAGCUCGGCUUCGAGGGCUACGUCAUGUCCGACUGGGGUGCUACUCACACCGGUGUUGCUGCCAUUGAGGCCGGUCUCGACAUGGACAUGCCUGGUGGUCUUGGAGCUUACGGCCAGGCUUGGACUGCCGGCUCUUUCUUCGGCGGAAACGUUACCAUUGCUGUCAACAACGGCACCCUCGACGUCACCCGCGUCGACGACAUGAUCCUUCGUAUCAUGACUCCUUACUACUGGCUCGGCCAGGACAAGGACUUCCCCUCCGUCGACCCCUCCGGCGGUGACCUUAACACCUUCUCCCCCAAGUCCACCUGGGUCCGCGAGUUCAACCUGACCGGCGAGCGCAGCCGUGACGUCCGCGAGAACCACGGCGAGACCAUCCGCAAGCACGGUGCUGCCGCCUCCGUCCUUCUCAAGAACGAGAACAAGGCCCUCCCUCUCAAGGCCCCCAAGUCCAUCGCCGUCUUCGGCAACGACGCCAGCGAGGACACCCAGGGAUUCCUGAACCAGAAGGACUUCGAGUACGGCACCCUUGUUGCCGGCGGUGGUUCCGGUACUGGCCGUCUGACCUACCUCGUCACUCCUCUCGAGGCCAUCAAGGCUCGUGCCUCCAAGGACGGUGCCCUCGUCCAGCAAUGGCUCAACAACACCCUCAUUGCCACCUCCAACAUGACCGACCUCUGGAACCCCACUCCCCCUGAGGUCUGCCUCGUCUUCCUCAAGACCUGGGCCGAGGAGGCCGCCGACCGCCAGCACCUCGACGUCGACUGGAACGGCAACGACGUUGUCGAGUCCGUCGCCAAGUACUGCAACAACACCAUCGUCGUCACCCACUCCUCCGGCAUCAACACCCUCCCCUGGGCCGACCACCCCAACGUCACCGCCAUCCUCGCCGCCCACUACCCCGGCCAGGAGUCCGGCAACUCCCUCGUCGACGUCCUCUACGGCGACGUCAACCCCUCCGCCCGCCUGCCCUACACCAUCGCCCUGAACGGCACCGAUUACAACGCCCCUCCCACCACCGCCAUCAACACCACCGGCGAGUACGACUGGCAGAGCUGGUUCGAGGAGAAGCUCGAGAUCGACUACCGCUACUUCGACGCCCACAACAUCUCCGUCCGCUACGAGUUCGGCUUCGGUCUCAGCUACACCACCUUCGAGCUCGCCGACUUCGCCGCCGAGGCCGUCGCCUCCGACAUCACCUCCGCCCCCGAGCAGCGCCCCGUCCAGCCCGGCGGCAACCCCGCCCUCUGGGAGACCAUCUUCAACGCCACCGCCACCAUCUCCAACACCGGCGACGUCGCCGGCGCCGCCGUGCCCCAGCUCUACGUCAGCUUCCCCGCCGACACCACCCCGGCCGGCACUCCCCCGCGCCAGCUCCGCGGGUUCGAGAAGGUGCCCCUCGCCGUCGGCGAGAGCAAGACCGUCGGCUUCGAGCUGAUGCGCCGCGACCUCAGCUACUGGGACGUCGUCUCCCAGCAGUGGGUCAUCCCCGCCGGCGACUUCACCCUCAGCCUGGGCUGGAGCAGCAGGGACCUGAAGGCGUUCACCAAGAUCACUCCCGUGCAAGCAGAGAUGUCGUAUCCGGAGGAUUACACGCUAUUGGAGAAGUCGUCCGGGGCUUCCGCAUCAACACCAGACUCAUCGGAUUCAACCUCGGGCGGAUGCUCGAUUCGACGCGUGGGAUCUCAUCUAAAGACCCUCUACCUAUUCACGAAAAGCGACGUCAAGACCGUCCUCAUUCCUCAAAUCAUCUUCAUCGUGUCCGCCGUCCUCGGCCGAGAAAGUCUCACAACGGUGGAUCUAUCAACGCCAGCAGAAGCACUGCAAAGAUUACCUCUCGCCAUCCUCUGGAUAUGGCUUAACCUGAUCGUCUGCGGAAUAUCAAACCAGCGACUGCCGCAAUCCGUCCUCGAAGACGAACACAACAAGCCCUGGCGGCCGAUUGCUGCCAAACGUCUCACACCGGAGCAAGCAAACAAGCUCCUGUUCACCAUAGUUCCCCUCGUGAUGGGAACGAGCCUGUUACUGGGCGGCUUCACCCCGACGGUCACCAUGAUGGCGUUGUUGUGGUUGUACAACGACCUGGAUGGCAGCAGCAUCAACAUCUGGACGCGGAACAUCAUCAACACUGGAGGGAUAAUGUGCUUCAGCGCCGGCUCGUUGGAGGUUAUUUCUGGAGGCAUGCUUUUGCCGAAGGCCUGGAUCUGGAUCGGGUUGACCGGGGCUGCUAUCGCGACCACCGUUCAGGCUCUGGACUUCCCGGACAUGGAAGGGGACAAAGCCAGAGGCCGGCAGACCAUCCCCUUGAUCUACGGAGAGGCCGUGUCUCGUGGAGGGUUGGCAGUCGCGGUUGUCGUUUGGUCGGCUGUUUGUUCCGCUUUCUGGAAUCUCCAGCUCAUGAGCUGGGCGGUACCGCUUGGUGUCGGGUCGUUGAUGGCGGCGCUGACGGUAUUGCGGAGGGAUGAGAAGUGUGACAAGAUCGUGGCGAAGCUUUGGUGCUUGUGGAUGUCGGUUCUUUACGUGCUGCCUCUUUUUGUCGCAUAG